UACGGCGAAGGAGGGUGGGGCGCAGGCCCCCCCCCCCGUCCCCGGGAUUGGCGGGCGCCGCGCUCGGAGCGUUACGGCGCGGCGCGGCCGUGCCCGCAGCGCGGAGCUGUCCGCGGUGCUGACCGCCGCCGGCCAUGGGCUCGCCGCCGCCCGCCCUGCUCCUGCCGCUCCUGGCCGCGCUGCUCCGCGCACCGGCACACGGCUUCAAUGGGCUGGCCAGGAAAGCUGGGGAGAGCGCUGAGGCCGAAGGGGAGCCGACGGCGCUGCCCACGCCGGCGGAGCGGGAGGCAGAGGCUCGCUUCGUGAGCACGGCGCCCACGCUGAAGAUCCUCAACCACCACCCGCUGCUGGAGGACCUGCUGCACGAAGCCUUCCUGAAGAAGGACUACCUGGGCCAGGCUCCGUUCCUGCCCGCCGGUCCUGGUCCCCUCCUGCCUCUCGAUGCCCUCCAGCCAGCCCCCGGCCCCCCGGCCCCCGAGCCACCCCCGCGCACCCCCGCCCUGCCCAGGGCCGCCUUCCCCACUGACCCACUGACCACGCCGGCGGGGCGGCCAGGGCCAUGGGGGGAGGCAUGGGGGGCCGUGCCGGCUGCCGACACCUCGUGGUCCCCCGCCGGGGUGCCAGAGUCGAGCCCCGUGUCACCCAGCCAGGCACCCGUCACCCCCAGCACAUCCUUGGGACCCCCCACCGGGGCCACCAUGGUCCCUGGGGAUGAGGAGGAGACCACCACCACCUCCACCAUCACCACCACCACCGUCACCACGCUGCAGGGGCCAGCCCCCUGCAACCGGACGCUGGCGGGCCCCGAGGGCUGGUUGGUGUCCCCAGAGCCGGCUGGUGUCCCCUAUGAUGGCAGCCUGGACUGCACCUACACCAUCUCCGUCUACCCUGGCUAUGGUGUGGAGCUCAAGGUGCACAACAUCAGCCUGGCGGAGGGGGAGACGCUGACGGUGGAGAGCGCGGGGGGCCUGGAGCCCACCCUCCUGGCCAACGAGUCCUUCCUGCUGCGGGGCCAGGUCAUCCGCAGCCCCGCCAACCUCCUCACCCUCCGCUUCCAGAGCCCCCGGCCACCCAGCCCCGGCUCCUACCAAUUCCACUACCAAGCCUACCUGCUGAGCUGCCCCUUCCCGGCACGGCCGGCUUUCGGGGAGGUCUCGGUCAGCAGCCUGCACCCCGGCGGGGACGCCCGCUUCCGCUGCGCCACCGGUUACCAGCUACAGGGUGCCCAGCGUCUGGUCUGCCGCAAUGCCACCCGUCCCUUCUGGAGCACCCGCGAGCCCCUCUGCCUUGCGGCAUGUGGUGGGGUGGUCCGGAACGCCACAGUGGGAUGCAUCAUCUCGCCCGGCUUCCCCGGGAACUACAGCAACAACCUGACGUGCCACUGGCUGCUGGAGGCACCCACUGGUCACCGCCUGCACCUCCACUUCGAGAAGGUCUCGCUGGCAGAGGAUGAUGACAGACUCAUCAUCCGCAAUGGCAACAACGUGGAGGCGCCACCGGUGUACGACUCCUACGAGGUGGAGUACCUGCCCAUCGAGGGGCUGCUCAGCACCGGGCGCCACUUCUUCGUGGAGCUCACCACCGACAGCAGCGGGGCCGCUGCGGGCAUGGCGCUGCACUAUGAGGCCUUCGAGCAAGGGCAUUGCUACGAGCCCUUCGUCAAGUAUGGGAACUUCACGGCCAGCGACCCCCGGUACCCUGUGGGCACCACGGUGGAGUUCAGCUGCGACCCCGGCUACACACUGGAGCAGGGCUCCACCAUCAUCGAGUGUGUCGACCCCAAUGACCCACAGUGGAACGAGACGGAGCCGGCGUGCCGUGCGGUGUGCAGUGGGGAGCUGACGGACGCGGCCGGCGUGGUGCUGUCACCCAACUGGCCGGAGGCGUACGGCAAGGGCCAGGACUGCAUCUGGGGGCUGCACGUGGAGGAGGACAAGCGCGUCAUGCUGGACGUCCGCGUGCUGCGGCUGGGCACAGGGGACGUGCUGACCUUCUACGACGGGGAUGACCUGACGGCGCGCAUCCUGGGCCAGUACACGGGCGCCCGUGGCCGCUUCAAGCUCUACGCCUCCACCGCCGAUGUCACCGUCCAGUUCCAGUCCGACCCUGGCGCCGGCGCCUUCGCCUAUCGGCAAGGCUUUGUCAUCCACUUCUCCGAGGUCCCCCGUAACGACACCUGCCCCGAGCUGCCAGACAUUGCCAACGGCUGGAAGACGUCCUCGCAGCCGGAGCUGCUCCACGGCACCGUGGUCACCUACCAUUGCUACCCCGGCUUCCAGCUGACCGGCACCGAUCUCCUGAUGUGCCACUGGGACCUGACGUGGAGUGGCGACCUCCCCUCCUGCGAGCGCGUGACCUCCUGCCGGGACCCCGGGGAUGCCGAGCACAGCCGCAGGGUGGUCUCCAGCCCUAAAUUCCCAGUGGGAUCCACCGUGCAGUACGUCUGUGACAAGGGCUACGUCCUGGCGGGCGCCGGGACCCUCACCUGCCACGACCGCGUCGCAGGGGGACCAAAGUGGAGCGACCGUCUCCCCAAGUGCAUCCCGGAGACGUACGAGCCUUGCCACAAUCCCGGCGUGCCGGCCGGCGGGCGGCAGAGCCCCGAGCGGCGGCUGUACCCGGCGGGAGCCACCUUACGCUUCUCCUGCACCGCUGGCCGGGCGCUGCUGGGCGAGGGCAGCCUGCGCUGCCUGCCCGGGCACCCCUCGCGCUGGAGCGGCUCGCCUCCCAUCUGCAAGGAGGCCUCCUACAAUGAGUUUUACAGCAACCGCAACCUGGACGCCGUGGCCAAGGCCGUGCCCUCAGGGAUGGCACUGGAGGGCACCAACGUCGCCAUCGCUGUCUUCCUGCCCGUGCUGGUGGUGGCCCUGCUCAUCGGGGGCAUUUACCUCUACUUCUCCAAGCUCCAGGGGAAGCCGGCCCUGCAGCUGCCCCUCGCUGGCUCCCACCCCUACGACCACAUCACCGUGGAGUCGGCUUUUGACAACCCCACCUAUGAGACAGGAUCUGUUUUCUUUGCAGGAGACGAGGGAGUAUGAGGUGUCCAUCUAGGUGGGGGCAGCGUGGAGCUGGGCGCCGCAGCCACCCCUCCCGGGCCCCCCCCGCGCCCGCCGGCCCCCGGCUCGGGCUGGAGACACCUCUCCCAAGGGGACUCAAGCCGAGUGCUCGAUGGGGGCCACCCGGGCGCCGGCCACCCCCUUGUCACCCCCAACCCACCCGGACCCCCGUGGGGUCUGCCUGAGCCCCGUUGUCACCCACCCCCCCGCCCCGGGCUCACGGGGUGCUGAGCCAGCGGGGGUCCCCCAGCCCCAUCCUGCCGCCCCCAGGGGCACAGCAGCUUCCCCCCCCCCCGGUGGAGGAGGGACCCGGGCAGGGGCAGCGGGGACCCCCCCAGGUAAGGACAGUGCUGCAGUGGGGAGAGAGCAGCGGGACGCCCCGGGGAAGCGGGGGGGGGCAAGGGGCCUGGGUGGCCAUGCGGGUGUCCCCCCCACCCCUCGCCCGCCCCCAACACAGGGUUUACCCCCCCCCGCACCCCCGUGUGUCCCCCCCAUCGCCACGCAGGGACGUGUCAUGUCCCCCCCCCGUGCCCCCAGCAUGCGGCGUCCCCACCCCCGCCCCCCCCGCUUGCUUCGCCCCCCCUCCUCGCCCCCACCCCGGGGCGUCCCCUGCGCCCCCGGCGUGUCCCCCCCCUCCCCUCCCCGCACGUCCCGGCACCCCAGCGGG